AGAACUUUGGCGGCGUGUAUUGGCCAGCUGUGUAUAUACCACUUUGCUGGACAGCCUCCAAGGGCCUGGCUGCUUCUCACUUUAGAUGACAUAGAUGUGAUGGAGAUCAUUGCGGAGCAGAGCCGUGCGAUGAAGAUUCUGAAGAAACCGCACAGGAAGUCCAGACUUGGAUGCCACACAUGCAAAAAACGAAAAAUCAAGGUCCGUCUGACGAGAAACCUCUGCAUAUCAUCUCCUGUCGUUGCCCAAUGUUCAGCAAUCACCCGCGCCUCGUACCCGGCCCAGGAUCUGCAACAAGCUUGUGACGAACUGAAGCCAGCAUGUCAAAAUUGCGUGCGCCACCUGGUGACAUGCGACUUUGCGCAGGGCCACUCGAUGCCGGUGUCGAUGACCAGCAUGCAAAUCACCUUGCAAACAACCGUCGACACCGUAAACAUAGGUGACUUAGUAGCGUCCACUCGAUCAAUACCGGCUAUUGACAAAGACCUCAACUUUGUCGACUUGGAGCUUAUUCACAACUUCACUACCUCCGUCUACAUGACACUAUCAACAGACGACCUCGUCCGCCAGAUGUGGCAAGUCUCGGUAGUGCGCAUGGCGCUGAAAUGCGAAUAUGUCAUGCGAACUCUACUCUCUAUAUCAGCCCUACAUCUGGCCCAUGAACGGCCGGAACGCAAGGAGGCUCUCGUGUCCAAGGCCCUGCUUUACCAUCGAUUAGCUUCAAGAGAAGCAAUGCAGUUGAUGAGUACUCUCGACGAACGAAAUGCUGAGAACUUGUUCUUGUUUUCUCUUCUCACAAUUUUCUUCGCUCUUGCAUCAGGCCGUUACCUAAAGGAAUCAGUCGUGGUAUGGGAAUCUGCGUUCCCGGACUGGACAUUUCUUCUUUCAGGAGCUUGCUCCCUCAUCAAACUCCUCAACUCAAAGAACUACGAAGGCCCACUGACACCUCUGUUGACAUAUGCAAAGGAGCGGUUUUUUACCGCGCGUGACGACUCAAGAGCUCAACCGACCGCAUUGAAGAGCCUCCGAAAACGCGUUAGCGGGAGCAAUGUCAAUAAAGACUUGUUACGCAUCUAUAAUAUGGCAAUAGACGAGCUGGGCCCCCCUCUAUCUCUUGCUCUGCAUGACGAAGGUCGUGGUAUGGACAUCAUGGAUAUGUUCAUCUGGAAAUAUUUCGUCUCGGACGAGUUCCUACCCUUGUUGAAAGAGCCGAGGGCGAACCAAGAGGCCAUUGUCAUUUACGCGCAUUUUUGCAUCGUGCUUAAGAGAUUGGAGAGUCAAUGGUGGCUUCAAGGGUGGUCGAUUCAUCUUAUAUCACAAGCGUGGGAGUUGCUGGACGAGAGUCACAAGUCAUGGAUUCAGUGGCCGAUGGAGGAGCUAGGAUGGGCGCCCCCGAGUCAGAAGGUUGUGCCAUGA